CGUUUUCCGUUCGUUGGGAUUAUUUCUUAGUAGCCGGAGGGCGCACGACUAGUGUAGAUGGGGGCCACAACGUCCUUGACCUUAUCACCAAAUGUAGAACGUUGUGCAGUUUGCGGAGCGCCUUCGGCGGAAGGCUUUCUAUUGAGGAAUGGAGGUUCAGCGAUGAUCAAUUCGGCAUAUCGAAGAGGGCGACAACGGCACUUCAAAUAUGUGCCUAUACCCUAAGUCCUGUCGAUUAGUUUGGUAUCUCUCUAUUUUGAACUACUACUAUCUUCCAUUCAUUACGAGCCAUCAACCAUAUCCAGGAUGUCUACACGAUUUAGCCGGUUCUUUACCAUCAUAAUUUUCGGAGCUUAUCUUGUCAUUCCGACAGAAGCAUUCCCAGCUGACUCUUACACACCAAGACCUGAGCCUCGAGCCCUCGAGGUCACAAACGCAAAAAACCUCAGGCAGCACAUCGAAGUCUACGGUAUACCAUACGGGGUUCUAGGCGCUGUCUCUCAUGCCCUCACCUUUUACGUUAUGCUCUGUCACUUCCUUGGAGUGAGGCCUUUGCUUCCGUGGAUGGCACUCAAGAAAGAACGCUGGAAUAUCACCGUAGUCACACUCUCCUCGCUCGUCUCCGUCAUCCUUGCAGGCGUUACCAUGGCUCGCACACGAGGAUCUCGCCCACUACUAAUACUUGCCGGGAUGCAGAUCGUACUCCACGUUCUGGUGGACAUCAUCCAUAUACACUGUAUGGUUAGCGAUCGACGUAAUUUUGCAUGCUUCUGGGCGGUCCCACUUCUGGUCGUGUCGUUCUUCUCAAUAUUUGCUUUUUACUCAUUCCCGUUCGAAGAUGAAGAUGGCAGAGUUGGAAGCCUCAUCGGCUCUGCUAUCUUUAUUGUGUUGCUUGUAUAUAUUGGGUUGACCGGGCUCGCGACCUUGAUCAAUAUGCUCGUAUGCAUCUUCCGUCUAUUUAAGCAACCUGCACCAUUUGGGUUUGCUGUUGCAGCUAUUCUGCUUAGCUGCGGGCUCUACUGGUUCGGUGAUUUUGGCAUGGCUAUUGUGACAAGGAACACAAUAGGGACGCCUUCGGACCGAAUCAAGGUGCUCUACUAUACAUACUGGGUGGUGGAACGAAUUCCACUAUUCACCUUUUGAAGGGCAAGUUGGCUGCAUAGUCAGAGAGUCGAGGAGUUCAUACGAUGUAGUUGUAAUACUUGGUUGUAUCCGGAAAGCGUUCGAUUUAAGCUAGUACUAGGGUAAAACUACGUCCAAAUCGGCUCCUCCUUCAAGCAUUGUCCCCGCACUAGUAGGCGAACGGGUCUACCGUGAGUGGUGACAUCAACGAACAUAUGUCAGUGCCUCUUCACGCUAUCUCGA